GCAGCUGAAAUCCAGCUUGGAAAAGGGGUGGGGAAAAAGGAGGAGAAAGAAAUGAAUCGAUAAUUUUUUUUUUUUAAAAAACAACCACCAACAACCACCCAAGAAUUUAAACUGGUCUCAACCUCUUCAAGGAAAGUUAAUCAAUAAACUAAUUAACUGCUUUGCAAGCUCUGUAAUUAAUAGAUCAAAAGUAUUAGCACCAGGGCUCUGAAAUUGCAAAGAGCUCAGCCCAACAGCUCGCUUCCAAGAAGGCGGAAUUGCAAGAUUCUUUAGAGUUGAUUUUUUUAUGAUGAUUAUUUAAUUUUUUUGCACCAAAAAAAAUCAGGAUUUUUCAUUUUUUUUUAAAGGUUAAAAAAAUCAGCGACAACGAGGAGGCGACAGGGAGGAAUUUCCCACCCACCCCAAAAAAACACAUUUUUUUUUACAGAUUUGGGGAAUCCUGGUUCAAGCAUCCAAAGCCACCAACCAGCCUCUGCUCCCUUUGUUUGGUUCGCCGCUGGGCAGUGUUGGGACCGUAGUUAGGGCUGGGAUUGUGUUCUCGCUUCUUCCGCUGGGGCCGGGUAGGCGAUUCGAAGCUCGCCCCCAGAUUCGCCCCUUUGGACCAAUGAAGGAACCCGAUGCCAUUAAACUUUUCAUCGGGCAGAUCCCACGGAAUUUGGAGGAGAAGGAUCUGAAGCCCAUCUUCGAGCAAUUUGGGAAGAUCUACGAGUUGACAGUGAUUAAGGAUAAAUACACGGGCAUGCACAAAGGAUGCGCGUUCCUGACCUACUGCGCCCGGGAAUCGGCCCUCAAGGCGCAGAGCGCGUUGCAUGAGCAGAAAACGCUCCCAGGGAUGAACCGGCCGAUCCAGGUGAAGCCAGCAGACAGCGAAAGCAGAGGAGAAGACCGGAAGCUGUUUGUGGGGAUGCUGGGCAAGCAGCAGACGGACGAGGACGUUAGGAAAAUGUUCGAGCCCUUUGGGAACAUCGACGAGUGCACGGUGCUGCGGGGGCCAGACGGCACCAGCAAAGGCUGCGCCUUCGUGAAGUUCCAGACCCACGCCGAGGCUCAGGCCGCCAUCAACACGCUGCAUGGCAGCCGGACAUUGCCGGGCGCCUCCUCCAGCCUUGUGGUGAAAUUCGCCGACACGGAGAAGGAGCGGGGCCUGCGCCGGAUGCAGCAGGUGGCCAACCAGCUGGGCAUGUUCAGCCCCAUCGCCCUGCAGUUUGGGGCCUACAGCGCCUACACCCAAGCACUAAUGCAGCAGCAGGCAGCCCUGGUCGCUGCUCACUCCGCCUACCUCAACCCCAUGGCCACCAUGGCGGCCGUCCAGAUGCAGCAGAUGGCCACCAUCAAUCCCAACGGCCUCAUCGCCACGCCCCUCACGCCCCUCACCCCCUCCUCAGGUACCAGCACGCCGCCCGCCAUCGCCGCCACCCCUGUGUCCGCCAUCCCGGCCACGCUCAGCGUCAACGGCUACAGCCCGGUCCCCACGCAGACCACGGGGCAGCCGGCCUCCGAGGCCCUCUACACCAACGGGGUCCACCCGUACCCAGCUCAGAGCCCGGCCGCCCCCGUGGACCCCCUGCAGCAGGCCUACGCCGGGAUGCAGCACUACACAGCCGCCUACCCCGCUGCCUACGGGCUGGUGAGCCCGGCCUUCCCCCAGCAGCCGGCCAUCCUCACACAGCAGCCGCCCCCGCAGCAGCAGCAGCAACGGGAAGGCCCCGAGGGCUGUAACAUCUUCAUCUACCACCUGCCCCAGGAGUUCACUGACUCCGAGAUCCUGCAGAUGUUCCUGCCCUUCGGGAACGUCAUCUCUGCCAAAGUCUUCGUGGAUCGGGCGACCAAUCAGAGCAAAUGUUUCGGGUUCGUAAGUUUUGACAAUCCCGCCAGCGCCCAGGCUGCCAUCCAGGCCAUGAACGGCUUCCAGAUCGGCAUGAAGCGCCUGAAAGUGCAGCUCAAGCGACCGAAAGACGCCAACCGGCCGUACUAAGGCCCCAGGUCUGGAGCUCAAUGGAGGAGGGAGCCCCCAGAUUGCCCCUGCCUGGCCCAUCCCCCCCCCCUUCCCCCACCCAUUGCAGCUCAUCCCGGGCGCCUGACCUGCCAGCUGGAAGGACGAACCCGAUCGGCGGAACCUGCCUCCACCCAUCGGCCCUGGGCUGCGCCUAGCCCCACCAGCAGCGUGCAGUUUGGGGGGGAGAGGGGGGACAGGCGUUUCACCUGUAAUCUCGGCCCUGCCUCAUCAACAGUGGGGGGAGGAGGAAAGGAGCCCCCCCAGCACUGAUCCACCCCGCCCCUGCGGUAGCCCUGAAUUCCUGCCGCCAUAACCCAGGGUGGGGGGAGAGACAGACUGGGCCCAGCCCUAGGGAAUCAGCUGGAGGGCUUGAGCCUGCCCCGGAGGUAGGGGUGGGGCGAAGAGAAGGGCCCUGUCGCUGUGCCCAGCUGGAAGGCGGGGGUGGAGGGGGGUCCCUCCUCUGAGCUUUCUUCUCACCAAACGGGACCAAAAGCAGCUCCGAGUACCCAAGGCCUUUGGGAAGGGGGGGCCAGACACAGGGGAAG